UUCAUACGUUUUCGUUAGUUUUCUUGAGCGUGUCCAGGACACUAUCCAGUUUCUCUCUAACAGCCCGACCAACCUCAUUUCCGUCAAAACUUCUGCCGUUGGUGCCGGAGUCUAUGCUGUCUCUCACUUCGGCCAAGGUUCUUUCGACCUCACUGUUUCGCUGUUGUAAAUCAGAGAUGGUCUUGGCGCUGGACGUCUUCAAAGCGCCGUUCUCCCGCACCAGCUCUUCCAGUCGGACGCUGCUAGCGUCCAGUAUGUCCAACGCGACCUGAAUUUCGGAGGCCAUGUUUUCCGUGAUGACUUUCGCCUCCUCGUUCGCCUUCCGUUUCUCCUCCAGCUCCUCCUCAAGUUGAGCCAGGCGUUGCUGGAUUUGCAGCUGCUCUUCCUUGCUCAGGGUGCCGCCAGUCAACUUCACGUUCAGGUCGUUUCCUUGUUCAGAAACUUGGUCCAGCUGAAUUUGAAAAUUUAAAUUAAAAAGAAAUUAGGUUUAAACUGAUUUUACCUCAUUCUGCACGCCGAGCUCGUUUUGGUUCAAAAUUUCUUUCAUCCAUUCCAACUCGCUGGUGAUUUUUUGGUUGUUGCUCCGAUAGGUUUCGAUGAUUUUUUCCUUCUCGUCAACAUUUUCUCUCAAACUUUUCGCCUCACUCUGGCUGGCUUCCAAGGCGGUCUGCAGUUGCCGUUUGCACGCCUCCAGCGCUCCGAUUUGAAAAUUUAAUUCCGAGAGCUGCGACUCCUUAUCACCGAUGGCCUCUUUCAUCAAACCGAUCCUCUUAGAACUGCUGUCCUCCAGUUGCUUCAAAAUGUUCAAAAUGCUUUCCAGCUCCGCCCGCGUGUUUUGUAGCAGAGUGUCUUUUUCUUCAGCCUCUGCCUCUAGAUUCUAUUUAAAAAAAUUAAUUUUGAUUUUAAAAAUGUUAAAUUAAAAAAAAAAAUAUACCUUAAUUUGCAGAAGCUUCAGCUCAACUUCGCCCUCCAGGUGUUCCAAGUCCUUAAAUGUUCCAUCGACCUCUGUUUGCAUUUGUCGCCGCGCGCCAGCUCCACAUCCUUCCUUCAACUGACCGAUUUCUCGCCCGAGUCCCUCGAUCUCUUCUUCGAGUUGUUGCACCUGCCGGCGGUGCUCCUGCGCCUCGUUGGACAACAACUCGGCCGAGUUGCGUCUCUCCUCCUCAGCUGUGUGCAUCUCAUCCCUGAGACGCUGCAGUUCCUUCUCCUUGGCCUCCGCCUCUUCCUGCCGCUGGCCCAGAUUUGUCUGAACUUCGCUCAGGUCAACAGGUCCCGAGGUCAUUUGCAGCAGGUACUCGUUGUAGCGGAGACGCAGGUAAUUCAUCUCUUCUUCUUUGACCAGGGGCGAGAGGUCGACGUUGCAGGUGAUGUGCCUUCGGUUAAUAAAAUCAACAGGUCCAUUCUUUAUAGUUUCCAAAAUCGUUUCACGGCUCAAAACUUUGGCACCAAUAGCGUCAGGAUUAGGUAUUUCCUUAGGUUCCAUCUUCAAAAGUUAUUUAAAAAGUGUUUAUAAUAUUUUGAAAAUUUUCCAAAAAUGUCACCGUACUUUUAAGUUCUUUCCAACAAUCACUUUUUUUUUAGAUUAACAACAAUAAAAAAAUUUCAGUUAUAAUUUUCAAUUGUUGAUCGCAUUUAAUUUUAUUUAUUUGCAUUUACACCUCAAUACUUUAAAUUUUACAAUUGUUGCUCUUAAAAAUUUGAAAAUUCUCAAUUUUGGUAUCUCCAAGUUUUGAAAAUGAGCGAGAGUAGCAGCAGUAAAAAUGGCAGCCCGACUCUGUCGAGCGCCAAAACAAGCCUCGCUCCGUUGAGUACCAAAGUCAGCCCGUCGUCAAGUACUAAAGUCAGUCCUUCGUCAAGUGCACCGCCGUCCAGAAUCAACUCAAAUACCACCUUGACCACCGAAGAUCUUCUGCCUUUGGUCGAAGUCAUCAAUCAGCCCAUAGACCAAAUUUCUGACCUGCUGGAGGAAAAACUCAGUGUGGGCUUUUUCAACCAUCCUGGCCGUUCCAGCUUCGUCCCUGAAAGAGUCUCGUUUGCCAACGUCCACAGUUCAAGUUUCAAAGGAGAGGUCGCGAGUGGCUGUGAAAGUGGUGGCGAGGAUGACGAGACGGUGCUCAAUUUCUCAAUGCACGUCAAGACGCGCACCCCCGUUGUUCGCAAAGAUGAGUCAGAAAAGCCCCUGCGAGACGACACCUAUGACCCCAUCAGGUACAGGCCGCAGGUGCUGAUUAAUGACUGGUACGAGGUGAGCCAGCGACGGGAGCUGAACAAAGGGCGCCAUCUGAAGCUACAAAAGGGCCCGCACACGUCAGCCUACGACUGGCACUACCAGCCGCCCUUUGCCAAGAAAAUGGUGGACCCUGAGGAGUGUGCUAGAAGGAAUGAGACGCACUCUCGACGCCUAUGGACGUACUUGACAGACCCAACUGAGUACUCUGAAAACUUCAACGAGCCCUACAGGAAAAAGUAGAAUUCACCCCAGCAGAAUAUUAAAAAUCGAAACUCCUUCCCAUGAGCAUUAAAGCCAAAAAGUUUUAUUCCCAUCUGAAUUUUUAUCCAACCGGCGUCAUAUUGAAUGCGUUUGUGGCGAGUUUUAUUUGUGUGUGUACCAAGAGAGGAACCGGCGGGCGAGCUAACUCCUCUCUGACAUGAUAGGCACGGAGUCGAACCAAUUUGAAUGCUCAAAAUGAGCACCAGAAACGCAAACUGGCCCCGCACGAGCGAGCGAACGAGCGGGGUCGUGGUUUGCUUGCCCCGCCUCGAAACUAACUCCAAAGAGUUGUGCUUAUACCAUGCAUGCACACCGCACGACGGCAAU